AUGUCGAAUUCGUCAGACGAAGCUCGAUUGGGAGCAAAGCCUCCGGCGUCAGACGAGGGUGCGAACGAGGUACAAUAUGCCCACCGUUACAUGCUACCACCAUGCGAUUGCGAAGAUCUAGAGGAGAGCUACCAGCCAGGCGGCCUCCAUCCAGUCGUAAUCGGUGAAUGCAUCGCUAAUCGCUACCACAUCGUCCACAAGCUAGGAGUAGGUAGCUCGGCGGUUGUAUGGCUCGCUAGAGAUCAAUCGCAUGAUCGCUAUGUCGCGCUGAAAAUGCUGAACUCAUCGUGGUCCUCGGAAUCAGGUGCAAGAGAGCUCAUCGCUUACAAUUACUUACAGUCUCUGCUGCCUGCUAAGCAACAGGAUCUAAUGGUACCACUGUACGACUCCUUUGAGAUUGAAGGUCCCAAUGGCAAACACCUUUGCUUGACCCUCGGAGUGUCCGGACCGAGCUUAUCCAGUAUUAUCACUCGCAGUGCUUCCCAUCAACUUCGGCCGGACGUGGCUCAGUUACUAGCUCGAGAGCUGACAUACAAUCUCAACUUGAUUCAUAAGGCUGGAGUCAUUUACAAUGACUUCAGUCCCAACAAUAUCCUUUUCAAGCUCAACAACGACGUUAAUGAGCUAUCUAUUGAGGAGUUAUACGAGGCCUUCGGGCAACCGGAGGCGUUUGAGGUGCAAGCAUCUAAUGCAACUGAAGAUUUCACGAGAACACAUGCACCAACCUAUGUCUAUCCAGCACUCGACUUCACCAGACCCGAAGCAUUGAAGUUCGUGAAUCCAGGCCUCACCCUAAUCGACUUCGCCGAAGUGCGCUAUGUUCGCGGCCCCGAAACGGACGCUAAGCACGGCGUAACAAUCCACUAUACUGAUCCAGAGAGCCUCUUCUGGAACGAGAAGCCCGUGCAAGCAUCAGACGUCUGGAGUCUGGCCUGCAUACUCUUCGAACUCAGAGGGAACGAUACGCUUAUUACAUCAGGAGUUCGCGGCGCAGAAGACGUCAAGAAUGGCAUGAUCCGCCUUAUUGGCGCCCUGCCGGAUGAUUGGCGCAACCGUCGCGAAGAUCAACUCCGUGCGGAGGCGGAAGUGGCGGGGAUCAAGAUCAUUGAGCAUGGAGAGAGGACCGACACUCCACCAGACUUUGACUUCAGCGACUUUGAUUGGAGCGGCAUGGAUCGACAGAUGGCGGAGCUUGAUGCGCAGUCUAGGGAGCGGGAACGAAAGAGCAGGACAGCAGUCUCUCGCGUUAUAUCAGCCAUCUCCAAGCUGAGGCGAGCAGUCCGUAGUCUCUUCCGCCGAAAUAGUCAGCACGAACCCUUUAUUCCGCCGCCAUUGUCGAUCGGGGAGGGUCUGCCAAUGGUGUCUCUGAGCCUAGAGGAUGCCGUCAAGAGCAUUGGCAAAUGGACCGACUGGUGCCACAUGACGGUGGAAGAACGCAUGGAGAAGCUUGUCGCUGUCCGUCAGAUCUUACACUCGCUUGGAGAGGAGCCUGUCACGAGAGAGGAGUGCGAUACUGGCCAAACUCCCCACGCGCCUCUUUCGGGAGAGGAGGCGGUUGACUUCAUCGAUCUGCUCAGCUCGAUGCUCAAGUGGCACCGGAGUGAUCGCGCAACGCUUGAUGACGUGCUGAAGCAUCCCUGGUUCACGAAGGACUACGGUCAUGACACUGAGAAGCCGUGGCUGGAGAAGUACCAUCGUGGCUACAUCUACUAUGUGAAUGGUAAGCGGUGGAUAUGA